UUUAAAAAUGGUCACACGUACUUCCGGGAAGUGUCUGCAUCGGGUGUAAACAAACCUAAGUAAAACAUGAUACACAGUCUUUUCGUAAUAAAUAACACAGGGUAAUAUUGUUAAAAUUUGGAUAUCUUCUCCCCCCUCUCUCUUUUGUAAUUUCAAUUUUCUACAGACAAUUAUUAUUAUUCAUUGCUACAUCAUUUUCAACUUCUUAGUAAGAAUCAAUUUCAAUCCACUUUUGAAAGGCUAACUAAGUUAAGAUAUGAUCUUAAAUUGUCAAUAGCAGAAAAUUUGUUAAAAUCAUGCUUUUAACAUGUAAAAUUUGAUAUCAGACUUUGGUAAAUUCAGAGGAAGCGGCCCGAGUCUAUUUCCAUGGCCGCCAUCUUGGUUGCCUCGACCCGCGCACUUUUACGUGUUCAUGAGUCGAGGCAACCAAGAUGGCGGCCAUGGAAAAAUAAAAUAACUCAUGUUUGCUAAAAUUAGGAAGAAAACGUUAAAAAUUAAUGGCAAAAAUGUGUUAAAUCGAUCCCUAUGCCUAACCCGAACCCUAAAUCACUAAAUCUAUCCCUAUGCCUAACCCGAACCCUAAAUCACUAAAUCUAUCCCUAUGCCUAACCCGAACCCUAAAUCACUAAAUCUAUCCCUAUGCCUAACCCGAACCCUAAAUCACUAAAUCUAUCCCUAUGCCUAACCCGAACCCUAAAUCAAAAUGGAUCCCUAAGUCCCACGCCUAAAGCCACUAGUAAAAACACAUGGAAUUUACGUAAUGUGGUAAGAAAACAAUAAACAUUAACAAAAAAAUGCCCAAAAUAAAUAAAGAAAUGAUGAAAAUCCAACUUACAGUUUCAUGAAAUACACUUUUACACACUUUAUUUCAGUUUCCAAGGAAAAUGUAGCCACAAAAUGAAUUAAUCUCCACACCUCACAGGCACCCCAAAGAUAUCAAAGAUGGGGCAACCAAAUAAAAAUGAUAAUGAGCCAACCGAUCAAAAUUUUAAAAUUACAAUUAAUCAACCAAUAAAAUUUUAAUUCCGAAAAUGUAACUCUUUUAACAAAAAAAUACAAAAAAUAAGGGGAAUUAACCAAAAGAAAGUCGUCGUGGGCCGCUAAAUCUGAAAUAGCCCCAGACGUUUGAUGUUUGGCAAUCUUUCCCCACAUUUUGUCUCAGUCUCAAUACUCUCAACCACGUUCAUUUCAUAUACCCACAUACAAAGGGAGGUUAUCAGUGAAUAUCAGGUCGAACUCCUAGUUUGCCCAUCCAUUUCAUUAUGAUAAAUAAAUGUUAUUAUAUUAUAUUCAUGUCAUUUAUUUUACUUUCCAUGACUCCCCAAUAGAAUAGGGGCCAUCCAUAAAUGACAUCAUGAUCAUCAGUGGGGUGGGGUGUCAGAUUUUUGUGAUGAGAGUGAGUGGAGGGCUUAAGCAAUGUGACGUCACAUGGAAAUAUUGGAAAGCAGAAUAUUAUAGUAAAUAUUGCUAGAAUUUAUGUCAAAAUGUGAUGACAGGAGUCAUUAUAUUAGGACUACCAUGUGAAGUGGGAUGGAACUAUAGAGAUGGUUGACCGGGUGGGGGGUUGGUAAAUGCUCAGGCCUGCACAUCUCAAAAUGUAAGGCGGGCCAUAAUACUUUAUGAAAAACUUUUGCAGGCCGAUAGAUGAUAGGACAUGGAGGAAAGCUAUUAAGAAAAUAAUAAUAAUAAAUAAUAUUUAUUUACUUGGUGGGACGCCAAGUGGGUGGUGGCGGGCCACAUGCGGUCCGCUGGCCGUAUGUUGUGCAUGCCUGCUCUACUAGGGCAGGGAUUCUUAACCCUUUUUCAGCGCUGCAGGCCCACUCUGUUUUUAACAUCCCCCCACCUCAACCAUAUAAAUUAUAUUGUAAUAAAAUUUAAAAUAUGAAAAUUAUUAAAUAAUUUAGUUAUCAUAGUUAUAUCUUUAAUUAACUUUUAUAAAUUAGGAAAAAAAUUACCAAUUUAAAUAAUGCGCAAACAAAAUUCACCAGAAAAAACAUUUACUGCUGCUAACUGCUAAUCAAAAUGCAUAAAAACUGAUAUUUUUUAAAAAGCAGCAACAACUAGCAAUGGCCGCAAAUACAGUUUUCUGGUUUUCCACACAUCAUGGUUGGGGAAGUACUUUUACCCCUGGUUAAGAACCAAUGUUCUAGUGAAAUGUUUCUGACACAGGUGCAGUUAUUUGAUAUCAAUGGGAGGUGAAUUUCUUUACAUGUUUGUUAAGAACAGUGGUGGACUCAGGGAAUUUUUUAUAAGUGGGGGGGAGGUGCAAAUAUUUGUGACAUUAUAUUUGAAGGGGUAUAACUAUUUGGGACGAUUGGGGGUGGGGGGGGGGGGAGGGGGCUAACAUCAGCAAAAUGUGACUUCAUUUAUGGAUGGCACCAUACUCAUCUACACUACACCCUCCACACCAUGUAUGUCAAUGUCAGUGUUAACUCAUGGUUCAAGAGCUAGAUGUCCCUAUCAUCUAUGCCAGUCCUCAUUGGCCUGUUUGUUCAUAGUAUAUUUAAAGCAAGUACAUGAACCCUAUCAUUAAAACUCAGUUACAUUGUUGAAUCAAAGAUGUCCCCCUUGCAUAUUCUACUAUGACACUCAUAGGGUUUUCACGGAAAAUUACAUAUGAUGCAGCCUCUUGAUAUGUAACCCAAUAUCUUUUUAUUUCAAGUCUUUAGUAGUCUAACAAAGUAAAAAAAUUGAGAAUACCUUUCAUUAGUUUAAGUUAAGUAAAUUAAGUAUCAGUUGGUCUAGCCAUAACUGAAAGUAGUUAUGUCAAACUACUACUACUUAAACUAAUUCUAAUAAUAUAUCUUACAUCUUUUUACAUAUAGAUUGACACUUUAUUCAUGAGGUAACAACUGGAACUAGUUUGUUGUUUUUCCUUUUUUUUUAAUUCAGAAAUGAAUUUUAAAAUGCACUAUUGACUUUCAGUGAUGUGUUUAUGGAAAAACAUUGGAAAAGUGUUGUGAAUAAAUCAAUAUGUGAUUAUUUCUUUGAAGCUCAGAGCAAGGUAAACUUUGUCCUUCAUUCUGUUGUCUUUUUAAAGAUUAAUCUGUAUCACAUUAUAAUUAUAAACAGAUUAUUUAUAUGGCAUGGAUUAUUAUCUAUAAAUAUCAGGUUUUGUGUCCGAGGAACAAGUAAAUAACAUUCUAUUACUAUUUGAUACAGGUCAUUUAAAUAGUGUGAUAGUUACUUUUUGCUUUUUUAAAUUUAUACCAGGCAUCCAACCCAGAAGAUGUACCACCUGUCAUUGCAACUCCACAUCAUUACCUCAUCAACAUUUAUCGCAGUAAUUUAUUUUUUGUUGCAGUUGUGACAACAGAAGGUUUGUAAUUCAUCAUGAAUUUACAAUAAUGGGCAAUAUUUGUUAAAAAUUAUUUAGUGAGUAUGUUGACAAACAUGUAUUAUUAUGUUAUGGCAUUUUUAUUUUAGGAGAUCAUGAUCAUAAUCUCACUUAAUUUUUUUUAAAGACACAGAUAGAUCUUAAAGGAGUCUAUAUAAAUAAAGGAGCUGUAAGAUUUUUGGAGACGAUAUGAAAUGUGUUCAAGAAACAUGUGUUGUUCAUAUUUAUUCUUUACAGUGCCACCGCUAUUCGUUGUGGAGUUUCUUCACAGAAUAUGUGAGACAUUCGAAGACUACUUCUCUGAAUGUACAGAGUCAGUCCUUAAAGAGAAUUAUGUCAUAGUGUAUGAGGUUGGUCGCUCUUUCUAUCCUACGAUUUUGUCAAAUAUUCACAUUUUUAAAGAUGCACUAUACUUUCAAAUUUAUCCGAUGACUAAAGCUCAUAAAAUAUUGUCAGAGAGAUAACUCUUGUUUGCUUAGUGGAGGAUUCUUUCAAAACAAGACAUUCACUUUUCAUUUUGUAUUUUAUUUUUUUAUAUUUACCAUAUAUACUUGCGUAUAGGUCGGGACUUUAGUUUGUAGUUUGCAAAUUAGGGUUUUAGUGGUGGAUCUGAAGAUAGGUCACACCCUAAGUUAAGGGAGUUACAUGGCCCUUUUUUAAACUUAAAUAUAACUGUUUUUUUAAACAGACAUUACAAAAAUGUUUUCAUAACAACUUGAAAACUGGAAACCAAUCGCCAUAAACCACAUAAUAAACUACGUCAUAGACUGUGUGAGCUUUAAAAGAUAUUUUAUUCAGAAAGGAUUCCCCGCGAGAGCAAACAAGAAAACACUCCUCUUACUUUGUAUAAAUGACUAUGUCACACUGAAAUACAGUCUGCAAAAUGGAUGUCCAGUGGAUCGGUUGUACGCCUGAUUUUUAUCAACAUUUUUGUUUUUUUAAAAGUGCGACCUGUACGCAAAUAUACACAAUAAAUUGUAUAAAUUAUAAUUUAUAAUCUUAUCUUUUUCCAGUUACUUGAUGAGAUGCUGGACAAUGGAUUCCCUCUGGCUGUGGAGUCCAACGUUCUCAAAGAACUCAUCAAACCUCCAAACUUUCUCAGGACGAUCACGGACACAGUUACAGGGAAAUCAACUGGGUAAUUAUGGAUCCUGCUCGUUAAAUCCAACUGUUGAGAUAUAAGUUUGUUGGUGAUUCAGGCUGUGCAAGGGUUACUAAAGUGUGAUGAGGGAUCUUAAUGUCAACGCCUGUUGUUUCCGGUGUGAAUAUUUAAAUUAGUAGAGUGCAACCUUAUUGAAUGAGGAGAUUUUGUCAUUCUGUUUUUUUAAUUUAUGAUUAUUGAGUAUGGGUUGGUAUUUCAGUGUUGGCGCUACACUUCCCACUGGCCAGUUGUCUAACAUUCCAUGGCGCCGCACUGGUGUCAAAUACACCAACAAUGAAGCUUACUUUGAUGUGAUAGAGGAAAUCGAUGCCAUCAUUGACAAGUCUGGAUCCACUGUUAUAGCAGAAAUUCAGGGCUAUGUAAGUAGAUGGGCAGCUUUAUCAAUGAGCGCCUGUCUUUUGUGAUAUUUAUAUAUAUAUAUAUAUAUAUAUAUAUAUAUAUUGAUAUAUGAAAAUACAUUUUUAAUAAAUUAUGAAAAUACAAAAUAAAUAACAAUUGAUGCCAUCAUUGACAAGUCUGGAUCCACUGUUAUAGCAGAAAUGCAGGGCUAUGUAAGUAGAUGGGCAGCUUUAUCAAUGAGCGCCUGUCUUUUGUGAUAUUUAUAUAUAUAUAUAUAUAUAUAUAUAUAUAGAUAGAUGAAAAUACAUUUUUAAUAAAGAAUGACAAUACAAAAUAAAUACCAAUGAAUACUGAUGUCAGCAAAGCCUUCUGUCAAUAAGAACACUGACAUCAGCAUAGCCUUCUGUCAUUAAAUUUCCUGUCUUUAGUUAUAGUGUUGUUAAAAAAAAAAUCUAUAUUUUUCAGAUUGACUGUUUGAUAAAACUGAGUGGCAUGCCAGACUUGACAUUGUCAUUUGUCAAUCCAAGACUUCUGGAUGAUGUCAGCUUCCAUCCGUGUGUCAGGUUUAAGAGAUGGGAGGUGAGGAGGCUAGAAAAAAAUGAAGGGAAGAAAUAUUAAAAAGAACUACUUACACAAACGAGAAACAAAAUAGAAAAUCUUGCCGAUAAUCAGGGCGAUUAAAAGCAUGCAAUAUAAUGUUUUUGAACUGAUCAGUUUAUUUAAGUAUUAAAUUUUAUCUUGUUGCAUACAUUUCAUUGUCUUUGUUUUGGUUUUUUUCAGUCUGAGAAGAUUUUAUCGUUUGUUCCCCCAGAUGGUCACUUCAGGAUGAUGUCAUAUCACAUAGGAUCAAAUAAGUAAUAAUUUAGCCGAUGUCACAGAGUUAAAGUUUGUUUAAUUAUUUGAAAAUAGUACCGUCGUCCCUCGUUUAUCGCAUUUAAUCAGUUCCAGGCUCUACCACGCUAAGUGCAUUUCCACGAAAGGGGGACUCUUUAUUUAUACAUUGAAUAUUUUUGUAUUAAGAGCAUAGAAAACUUGUUAACAACCCUCUAAAUACUGUUUAACAUUAUUAGUUCCUCUUGGGUGCUUAUAUACAUAGGCAUACGGUCCAUAGGUACAGUAAUUUUAAUUGUAAUACUGGGGUGUAUAAUUGACAGCCCAGCGCACGCUGUAUCAUGAGCAACUUUUUAAUGAAUAUAUGUUAUAUGUGAAAAAAAUGCAACAGAGUGAAGGCGCGAAGUGGCGAGGGACGACUGUAUAUACUUUUAAGAACACAGGCUUUUUUUUACAUUUAAAUUUUUUAACUUCUUUUCUAAUUGUGGAUGUCUUUAACAGUCCGCACUGUAGCAACAGUAGUUCAAAUUGUUAUACAUGUACAUGACAAAAGUACAAUUGGUACAAAAGGCAUAUUGUCUGAUGGGUGUGCUGCAAAGUCUAAUGGAUGUUCUGACAUCAAGCCUUUUUCACAAUUCAAAACCACUAGAAGUACAAUUGGUACAAAAGGCAUAUUGUCUGAUGGGUGUGCUGCAAAGUCUAAUGGAUGUUCUGACAUGAAGCCUUUUUCACAAUUCAAAACCAGAAAAAGAGCUUCCUUCAACCUGCUGUUGCAUUUUGAUCAUGUUUUCUGUCUUAGCUUUGCACUCAUUAUUUCUUGAAUGUUAGUUGAUUUAUUGCACACUUUCUAACUUCCUGGGUGUGUUUUGGUCAGCUGAGAAAAGUCUUUAGACAAGGUUUUCAAUGCUCGCUUGUUUUCUUUGUACUUUAGAUGGCGCUGCACCUAUCAAAGUUGGUCUCCUUAAAUCUGCAAAGAUACAACUGGAAAUUUAGUUGUAAUAUUAUAUCCUCUUAUCUCUUCCCGUACAGUAUGGUGGCCAUACCACUCUAUCUCAAGCACAAUAUCAACUACAGGGAGGGCAGUGGAGGCAGGUUUGAGGUGACCAUAGGCCCCAAACAAACCAUGGGCAAGACAGUAAGUUGUGACCAUUUUGUAUUCGGCCCUUUAAUACAUAUUCAUCAUGGCAGAACUUGAAGGCACUGUUCUGGUUUUGCAACUCAGACAGCAAAUUUUACUAUUAGUCGUCAGAUUCAAAUAAAUUUAUCACAAUAAUAUUAAAUUAUGCACACAAAAAAAUGAAUUUCCUGCUUUUUCAAAGUUCUUCUUCAGUCUAUCAUGGCAUGUCAAGUUGUGUGAAUGUGUACUGUUAAUUGUUUUAAGUUAAAUACAGCAGUGAACCCUCAGUGAAUUUCACUUACACAUAACUGUAUGUCAUAUAGUUAGGUUCCCUGGUAAAAAAGUGUUUUCCAUUAUUGCCAACAUAAAUUUACAUCAGUGAAUGAAAUUUUGACAUGUUUUUUCCCGUUUUAAACCUUUAAACGGUUGGCUUCAGAUUCUAAAAUACCCAUGCCCCUGGGCUCUUGUGGAAAAUUUCAACAAAUUGACACACAAAGAAACAAAAUCACAGGAUUGAUAAAAAUUAAAUAAAUGUUUUUUCUUUCAAUCUAAGUUUGUCUGUAAGUAGUCCAUUACUACUAUAAAUGUAUCACCAGUAGAACAUUGUCUUAGAAUUGGUGUAGAACAGCAUAGUAGAAGGUCAUUUAAACACCCCUAAAUUUUUCAUAAAAACCAGGGCUAGCACUAGGGUUAAAUCCUUGGGGGGAGCCAAUAUCACGCCUCCCCCCCCCCCCCUUUUUUUUUUCCUACAAAAUAUUGUAUUGUUUCCUUUAUUCUCAAAGCACACAUCAGUAGUACUAGUAGUUGAUGAAUUCAAUAGAUCGUCACUAUCAAUGUCUAUUUGAUUUAUUUAUUAUAAUCCUUUUUCAAAACAGGAUAGUAAUCUUUUGAAUCAUUUACAUUACGGUAUCAUCAACCUGCUCUGUUUUAGGUCCUUUAGAAAUAAAAAUUUUAAAAUUUUCUUCACCUCAAUACAUUGCAAAACAUUAAACAAAAACAUAACAAAUACAAUGCAUCAAUGCUUUAUUUAGGGAUUAAACCCCAAUGUUUUUGUACAGGAAAUAUAGAAAUUGCGUCACCUUUUGGCAUUCUUGAGAACAAAUUGGAAGGCAUUGGAAUGUAAAAAAAUUUUUUUCGCUAGCCAGGGCAGGGGCGGGUAUGGGAAGAAGUUUACAAUACAUUCACUUGGUGACAUCAAUUUCAAGGCUAUUCUACUAGUAGACAGUUGUGGUGGAUAAAAAUAACUCUGUGUAGUUUAAAAAUAAGCCAAGUCCUACCCUGUACUAGGCUUUAUAUAUAACAGAGACUGAAAUCUCGACCUGGCGGGGUGUACAUUUUUAAUGCUCCGACUCAGACCGAUAAAGCAGGAUCCCUAGUUCAAAGGGUUUAUUUCAUUUUUAUAGAUAUCAAAAAGGUUAAGUUUUCUUUUUAACAAAAACAUUCUUGUAAAAUUACAGUUACCUGUUCAUAAAACUAAAUUACAACAUGGUUAUUACUGUUGUACAGAUUGAGAAUGUUGUCCUGGAAGUUCCAUUCCCCAAGUCAGUAUUGAAUGUGACCUUGACCUCAACCCAAGGCAAGAACUCCUUUGAUCCUGUAUCAAAACUCAUGACCUGGGAUGUGGGAAAGAUUGAACCUGGCAAGUUGCCCAACAUUAAAGGAAAUGUAAGUGUUGCCAGUUUUUCAAUAAUUUGCAAAUAUUUUUUUAAAAUAUAUAAUUAUCUCAUUUAGGAGGAUUUAAGUGACCAAAAAAACCAGCUAAAACCUGACCAUCCAAUAAAAAUAGUUCAGUAUAGGAACAUAAAGACAGCCUAUUAACACAACUUUUCCAGAAAUAAAUGCAUAAAAUAAAACACUUUUGUCACUUGUGCUCUAGUCUGAGACCACAGCCACGAAAAUGAAGGCAGAAAAUACAUUUUACAAAACAUCUGUAUGUUUUCUUCAACUCGACUGAAUCAUUAUGCCCGCAGUUACUGAAAACAAGAGUUACUUAGUAUAUUGCAUAUGGUUUUAUCCAAGCGACCCACCCCCCCCCCCCCCCGAUUCCCUUGCUGUUUCUUGACAUUAUUUUCAUAAACACAGUUUUACCUAACACUGUAAAGAAAACCUGGCAAAGGUACCUUCCAUCAAUGCUUAGUUCAAAAGACAAUGUCAAAAAGAAUAUCGAAAUGAAACAGAUUUCAUGGUUUUUUUUUAUAGCAUGCCGGACUUAUAAAAAUAUUACUUUUGUAUGUGAAACAUCUUUCGACACUUAUAUAAUCAUUUUAUUCCUACAUUUGGUUUCAGAUCACUCUACAGACUGGGGUCCCCGUUCCUGAAGCCAAUCCAACAAUAACUGUAAGUUAUCAGAUUUUAAUCCUUAAUCCUGUGCAAAUGAUAGAUCGACUACAAAUUUAAUAAACAUGACAACAAUAAAAAUAUUUUGAAGUCAACAUUCUGUAAUCAAGUGAUAGUGAUAGCAGGCAUAAAAACAAUUUGGAAAACAUAAUUUAUUUAAAUGGGUGCAAUUAAUGCAAAGAAAAUUUUAACCAUCUUAGCAUUGGGAGUGUGUGAAGUCUAUGUAGAUCUAAGUGAAUAUCUCUAUGAUAGGGGAUUUUUACAAUUAAAAACUUUCAAAUAGUCCUGAAAAUGUUCAAACUUACAUUGUGACCUCAACUAGUUGUAGAGACAUGACUUUUUUUUCUUUUCCUCCCCUGACCCAUCAGGUGAUGUUCACAAUCAAUACGUUUGCUGUGUCAGGCCUCAAAGUCAAUCGUCUGGACAUGUACGGAGAGGUCAGUAUUCUCCCAUCAGCCCCCGUUUAAGGUGUGCCCAGGUAGAUUCAGUAUCUGUUUAUGAUGAAAUUGACAAUUUUAUCUCCCUCAUUGCAUUUCCCUUUCAACCAUCUACUGAUAAAACAUGUUCUGACCCCAAUUCAGUAAUUUAUUAAAAUUAUGCAAGAUUUACAUUCAUCUAAAAUAUUUUUGCUGUUUUUCCACUUAAAACUGUGAAUAGCAGUGACCUUUAAACCUUGGCCCUGUGGAAUCUUUUUUUUCCAGUUCCAGGUUUUCAAUAAGCAGUGAGAUAAAUUAGGUUCCUUUCAGUCUUAGUUUUUUCCAAAUUUUCAUUGCUCAUUGUCACAAUGCGUAGUCGUAAUCACACCAAACUGAAAACAAAUAGCCCUACAGAAAAGACAGAAUACAGACACUGGUAACAGCCACAAUAAAAUCAGUCAUUAAAAGAGUUCAUUAACUAAACUAAGCACAAGACACACCGUGCACAAUAAAAUACGUUUGGUGCGCGUCAAUUACUGGUGAAUAUCAAUACUGGAUUUAUUUCAAUAGCACACAAAGAAAUUUCUGCUCCAGUUGAAAAUGGAAGACAUUUGGUUAACAGUAAAUAUGUUGUUACAUUUCAACUGUGUACGGGUAUGAGCAAUCUCACUAUGUAAGUGAACUUUGACCAAACUAACAAGUGUGAAGAUUUAUGUUAUGCUCUUUAAAUUGGUUAGAGGGGAUACACUUGAAUCAAUAACUUAUUAUAACAAAUGUAUUCUUGGGCUGAAGAUGAUUAAUUUAAUCCUUAUUUCAUAAGUUGCUUAAAUCUUUAUUUCAUGUAUUUAUCCUGUCAACCCAUAGUUUUUAUAUAGCUUCCCGUCAACUUUGAGUUGUCUGCCCUGGUUUAUUUUGUUUUCCCCCCUUAUCCUCCUUUGGCACCAUUGAUGUGUUUGAUAUCUGCUUCGAUUUUGUUGUGUUUUUUAUCUAAUCUUUAUUUUUUAAUCGUCCAAGGAACUCUCCCAUAAAUGGGUACGCAUAGUUGUUUUUUUUUUAAAUUUAAGAUGCACACAAUUUUGUACAUUUCCCUGUGCCGUACUUUUCUUUACAUAGAAUAUUAUGCAAAUGCUCUGUUUCAUUUUUUUUAUUACAAUUUUUUUUUUUUUUGUUAUAACAUUUUUAUUUCUUGUUUCUGUAUAUUGGAAACUUUGCACAUUUUAUUGUUUACAUUUGAAAGAUUAAAAAAUAAAAAUGUUUCCCCCAACAAACGUGAUGAAAGUAUUGAGCACUUCUUCUGUGGUUUUGGAAAUCUUCACCUCUCAGAUUGAUGAUAUAUGAAAUAAUGGUGGCACAUUUGAAAACAAAAUGGUUAAAUUUAAUGGAGAACCAACAUUCAGCACUGCAAAAACACUGUCAACACUUCUGCGCUUUCAUAUAUAUAUUAUAUAUAUAUAUAUAUUUAAUUAAUUUAAUUUUUUUUCUAUUUUAUUUUUUAUGUGAAGUUUUGACAUUUUAAAAUUUAAAUGAACUACCAAUGUUUGAAAUGAUCACUCUCCAUUGGAAGUUGAAGGAAGGUACAAAUUGAAUUAAUUUGGAGCUAAUGACUUAAAUAUUGGAGAUUUCCUAUUGAAAAAUAAUGGUUUCACAUAGAUUUUAUCAUCUCCAGUGCCCACAAUUAAGAAUAUAAACCCCAUUAUUAGUUAAUCGUGCUUUAAGCUUCCGCUAUAUUACAAAACUUUUUAAAAUCUUAAGUUCUUAAAAAUAUUGUCCCACUUAUCAUUGGUUCUAUUUUUAACAAAGUCCUAGUAAUAGCUUUAAAUUAAUUAGCAUAUUCUCUUCAAACAAACUGUGACCUUUUUUGUUAACUUUCUAAAAAUCAUAUUUAAUUUAAACUAUGCUGCAGCUUGCACAAUUAUGUAACAUGAAAUUUAUUCGCCAAUACAGUACUUACUAAUAGAAAGUACUCCCAUUCUCGAAUAUUUACUAAUACUAAUAGAAAUUAAUACAAUUCCCAAUACUUAUUUAUAGAAAAGGAAAUUAAAUUAACAAAAUUUAAUGUUACUUUUCCCACUCAGAAAUACAAACCUUUCAAGGGAGUCAAGUACAUCACCAGAGCUGGCAAGUUCCAAGUCAGGACCUAGCUUCUGUCAGUGUGUUCUUUAUUGUAUAAUGUAUUGAUGUAAGAUAUUUUGUCUUAUCACUUUGUGAUAUCGUGAGACCAAUUUUAAGCAGAAGUUUGAAAUUGAGUUACAUUUAUUUUAAAAUCACCUUGUCUUAACAAACGAGACACCAAUUAGUGUAUAAUGAAAGAAUAGCUUAUUCAAAUUAAUUAUUUUUCAGCAUCGAUUUUAUUUCUGAAAAGACAUAAUUAUGGCAGGAUAGCUACACACUAUUUCCAAAAGUGACUGACUUUUGAGACAACAGGUUGGAGAGGUUUGAUUUAAUAUAUAGAGUACCUGUAUUUGAUUUUAAGAAGAAUUUAAGGAGUAUUACUCCUUUCAAGGAGGGGGAAGAGAGCAAGAGAUCUUCAGUGGUGCGCAGCUUUCCAGAAAGUAGAUGUAUGACUGCAGAUUGCUAGCUAUAACAAUAGCUUUGUUUUUAUCCUGUAUUCAAGAACUCUUAAUCCUCUUUAGCAAAGCCUCAAUCUCAGUCCAGAAAACUACUAAUAGGGUUUACAUAUUUAAAAAAAAAUUCAACAGAGAAAAGCUUGAAGACGGAAUGAGACAAAUAGGUUAGGUUUAAGACAUUGGUUGAGAAUUUUUGAAGACAAAUGUGCAAUUUUUUAAUAUUAUGUUUUUUCAAUAAUUAUUUUUUUUCAUUUUUAAAUUCAACAAUAAAACAAAAUAUCUAAUUUUCACAACUUCAUCUUUGCUUGGCGUGUUUUUUAGCCUGUAGUUAGCUGACAAGUUGACGGUCAGACAAAAAAGACAUUCCUUUCAAUUAAUUAAACUUUAAUGCACCCUUCCAUUGCCAUGUAAUUGGGGGGAAUAUUGUAUGUUCAUUAGAGUUAGAGCAGCUUCUCUUGUGCCGCACUGAAUUAUACCGACUGAAUAUUUGUGCUUUAUGGUCAUGAUGAUUUCUUGAUGACCUCAUGCAGGCCGAGGCCAAAUGUAACUAUGGUAGUUUAAAUCUGGUGAGAUUCUGUGCAUGUCUCAUUUACGAGAUCUAUCACUUGUAUGUUAAUGUUAUGUUAGUUUAAUCAU